CUUCCGUCCAGUUUAAGGAGUUCUCUCCUGGGCAGCUCUAACAUUCCCAAUUUCGGUCACUAAGGAGAGUACAGCAUGAUUCUUCUAACUGUGCUUUUCCUCUGCAUCAUUUCCACAUACUCAGCCUCUGUUAAAGGGCACACUACUGGACCAAGAUUAAAUAAUGACAAGUUAUACAAAUUCACCUAUUCGACUGAAGUAUUUAUCGAUAGGGUAAAAGCAUCACUGCAGGAUAGCGCAGGCUACCGUAUUUUGUCUGGUGUGGAUGUCAACUUGGUAUGGAGAAACCCCAACAAUGAUGAUGAUCAGUUGAUCAAAAUUACAAUCAGAGAUAUUAAAGUUGAAAAUGUGAAUGAACGUCCAGCAGCCAAAGACAUUUUUAAAAGAAAAAACACAGAGAAUAUCAUUGGAAAAGAUUAUCUGGCAGCUUUACAAAGGCCAAUAGUUCUUCAGCUGCUCCGUGGAAAGGUUAAAAACGUCUACUCAUAUCGAAAUGAACCUUCAGUAAUUCAAAAUCUCAAGAGAGGUCUGGCUAGCUUGUUUCAGAUGCAGCUGCAUUCAGGUGCUGUCCGUGAGGUGGAUGUCUCUGGGAAAUGCAAUGUUACUUACCAGGCUCGACAGGAUCAGGUGACUAAGAUUAAAGCCGUGGACACCUGUGAAAUAGAGAAGACAGGAUUUACCAGCUACCACCAGAUUUUAGAUGUCAGUGCAAAAACCACCUCAGCUACAAUCUAUGUGAUAGAAGACAGUUUUAUUAAAUCCGUAUGGGCAGAGGAGAAUCAUGUCUUGUCUCUGAAUUUCCGACAAACAACCAAUGCCAAAAUAGUUUCAAAGCAGAAGCUGGAACUGAAGUCAAUUGAAGCUGGCCCUAGAGAGAUCGCUGGGAAGCAGGCUGCCAGCGUUAUCAAGACUUUGGACUCAAGUUACGUAGCUGUUCCACUAGUAGCAGAGCCCAUCAAGGCUGAGUGCAAAAACUGCCCCUCACUUUCAGAGCACUGGCAGAGUAUCAGGAAAAAAAUGGAACCUGAAAACCUUUCCAAAGCUGAAGCAACAAGAAGCUUUUUGUCCUUUAUCCAGAAUAUCAGGAUAGCUACAAAAGAGGAGAUGCUUCAGAUUCUUAGAAGUGAAAGUGAUGCCAUACUUCCUCAGCUGGUAGAUGCUGUAACCUCUGCUCAAACCCCAGCCUCGCUGGAGGCCAUGCUGGAGUUCCUGGACUUUAAAAACGAAAGCAGCUCUUUCCUGCAGGAGCGGUUCCUGUAUGCAUGUGGAUUUGCUUCCCAUCCCAAUGAGAUGUUACUUAAAGCUUUAACUAAUAAGUUCCAGGGCCAGAUUGGAAAAAGUGAAAUCAGAGAAACUGUUGUCAUCAUCAUCGGAGCUGUCAUCAGAAAACUGUGCAACAGGGGAGGCUGCAAACUCCCAGCUGUUGUAGAAGCUAAGAAGCUGAUCCUAGGAGGAUUAGGCAAGGCAGAAAAGGAUGAUGAUGUGAAAAUGUACCUGCUGGCACUCAAGAAUGCCCUUCUGCCAGAAGCUAUUCCAUUGCUACUAAAACAUGCUGAGUCAGGAGAAGGGCCCAUAAGUAAUGCUGCUGCUACAGCUCUGCAAAGAUAUGACAUCUCUUUCAUCACCAGUAAGGUGAAGAAAGUAAUGAACAGGAUAUACCACCAGAAUCAUAAAAUUUAUGAAAAGACUGUGCGAACUACUGCAGCUGCUAUCAUCUUAAGUAGUUACCCAUCCUACAUGGAAGUAAAAAACCUCUUGCUUUCUAUUGGAGAGCUGCCACAGGAAAUGAACAAGUACAUGCUCUCAGUGGUCCAAGAUAUACUUCAUUUUGAACUGCCUGCAAGCAAAAUGAUUCGCCAGGUUCUGAAGGACAUGUCUGUUCAUAACUAUGACCGCUUCUCUAAGAUGGGAUCUUCCUCUGCCUAUUCUGGCUAUGUGACACGUGAUCCUAAUGCAUCUGCUACAUACAGCCUCGACAUCCUCUACUCAGGCUCUGGCAUCUUAAGGAAAAGUAACAUGAAUAUCCUUAUUUUCAACAAAAAGUCUCGACUUCAUGCCAACCAGGUCGUUCUUGAAGCUCAGGGCCUAGAAACUAUAAUAGCUGCAUCUGCUGAUGAAGGCGAGGAAAACCUGGAGUCCUUUGCUGGCAUGUCAGCAAUCCUGUUUGAUGUUCAGCUCAGGCCUGUGACAUUUUUCCAAGGGUACGCUGAUUUAAUGUCUAAAAUGUUUUCGGCAACUGGAGAGCCCAUUAACGUGGUGAAAGGACUUGUCCUCCUGACAGAUUACUCACAGGUCAUUCAGUUACAGUCUGGGCUGAAGGCCAAUACAGAGUUCCAAAGUGGUCUGGCCAUUGACAUUUCAGGUGGAAUGGAGUUCAGUCUUUGGUACAGAGAAUCCAAAACCAGUGUCAAGAAUCGGGGAGCUAUGCUGGUAGCUGGCAAUAUCCUAGUGGAUUCCUUGUUUGUGCAGGCUGGUAUGGAAACCAGUAUUGAAGUAGAGGCCACACUAGACUUCAUAUCCACAGUACAGUUCUCACAGUAUCCAUUUUUAGUUUGCAUGCAGAUAGACAAGAUCGAAUCUCCGUUCAGGCAAUUUGUGUCUAAAUAUGAAAGCCUACCAUCUGGCAAGCGGUAUACUUCCCGGAAAGGAAAAGUACAAUUUCUGGCAGGUUCUGAACUCCCUCUCCAUCGAGAGAACUCCAACAUGUGCAGGAAGGUUUUCAGCACUGAGUCUGACUCUUCCAGCAACUGGUUUUAAAGCAAGCACUUUUGAUCUUUCAUUUGACUAAAUCCAUGGCUCCCUGAGUGACUUAGGCUUGUAUGUACUGUACUAGCUUAGGGCUUGAUCCUGCACCAUUGAAGUAAAUGGCAAACUUUCUAUUGACUGCAACAGGACAGGAUCAAAAUCUUUGUGUUUACAUAUUUACCUGUAUUUAAGACUUUUGUAAAAAGCAAAGAACAAAGAACAAUUUGGUGGCAUUUUGUGCACUCCCUUGGGGGUGGUGUUAUCUCUUGUCCUUUUACACUCAUUUUCCUCAACAUGGGAAUAUAGAAGCCCAUGCUUUUGAUUGUCAGCAAAAACAAUUAUGCUGUAAACAGAAUGAUUAUCUGUAUUUAUUUGCAUAUCACAUGCCCCCAAAUAAUACACACAUCUUGUUUUGGGAAGGAAAAAUGAAGGGAAAAAAAAGAUGAUUUUUUCAGAACCUUAACUAGCACAGCAUGGGCUCAGCAUGUUUGAUGCUGGCCCGAGGCAGGAGAGGUGCACUCUGCUCCUCAGCAUCACUCAGGCUCUCGCUGAUGUUUCAGAACUAUGAUUCUACUGUUCAGAACUGUGACUCUGAAGGGUCUACUCUGCCUGGGCCAAUUACAUGGCAGUGAAUAUAUGUUUCAAUCCCAGUGAGGAAAAAUUAACUUUCCCACUUAAGACGCAGAUCCCAGUGUUUGGGGAAUGUGUGUCGUAUGCAAGUAAAUACAGUAUUUAUAAUUACAUUUAGAGGCAUUCUGGGUUUUUUAAAACUGAUAACCAAUUUUUAUUGAACUACACAACAGUAUCUUUCUAAGUAGGACCAUGAAUUCUUAGUUGCUUGGUGCUGCCUAGUCACCUAAUCAGAAGCAGGCAGGAUUUUUACAAUAAUUUUUUUCACAGUAAUAAUUUUUAUUUAUUUUUUUUAAGCAUGAUGGUUGGAUGUGUUUGAUUGAGAACCAAGGGUGGAAUUUCCCAAAGUGCACAGCACUGGCCAAGCUAGGUAACCCAGUGGUAGAAUGCCCAUUGGUUUCAAUGGGAGCAGAGUCAAGCCAGUGCUCAGGUCCAGUCCUGAAAAUGUAUCAUCCAAAUAGGUGCAUUUCCAGAAAUAAGCACCAGACUAGCAACUGUCUGAACUACAAUUAGAAUUAAGGUCUUGGAAAAACAAUUGUUUUGAAUGUAGCAUCUAGCAAGGCCAGUAAGGAGAAUAUUUUAGCAUUCCCUUCUAGAUAAAUUAGACCGGGCAUGUCUUCACAUGCGCUUUAAUGUGGAUUAGUUUAUUUUAAUGCGCAUUAAAGUGUCAUUUAAAAACAUGCUAUUUAGUUAAUGCAUGUUAAAACAAGCUAAUGUGCAUUUUCCUGGUACCUCACAAUGGUGCUCCAGGACUGGAAGGGGGAAGGUGCUUUAAUUAAAGUGGCUCUUGGA